AUGACAUGUUCAGGACACAAAUUCCUCUCCACCAAGCAACGUCUGCUCCUUGGAACUGUGGAAGCAGGAAAAACCUCUGCUAAGAAUCACAGGCAUCGGCCAGCAGCUGCUGGAGUUACUGAGAAAGAACGGGACAUUUCCUGUACUCACCACCUGCGGCUGGCUCACCUGGAGAGACUGGUCCCCAGCUUCCCUCACUUUCCCUCAGAGCAGGGGCCUUUCUGGGACCAAGGCCCCUGUAUUCAAAGUCCCGGGCCUCCAGGAAUUCCGGCAGCAUUAACAGGCUGUGCAUUUCACGUCCUUGCCGGGCAAGUGGAAUCCCAGCCUCGGCCACCUGCUCCAGCCUCAUGUGCUCCUGUGCCGCCGCGUCAGACUCCUGAGGUUCCCCAGCUGCUGAACUGGAAGCAAACGCACUUGGCCGGGGCGUCUUCCCUGCAUCGAGACGGCAGCCUUGCUGACCCUGCGAGGAGAAGGCCUUGGCCCCAGCUCAUCAGACACUUUACCGGCACCCGCUACUGUCAGCCAUGCCUUGUCUGUCCCGCUAUGUACAGGACAGAGUCCGUCUCUGUCCCCAAAGUAGGACAGGGACUUCAGCUCCAAAGCAGCAGGAGAAACCUGGAGAAUCGCAAGAGGCUGCAGCUCAGCCACUCAGCUGGUAGCCAAAGCAAGCAGACAGGAAGCCCCGGUGGACGACCCCUCCCCAGGAAAAGCAGGAGCCUCCGUAGCAGAUACCCUGCUGGGUGGUGACCUCUGCUGCCCAUGCGAGGAUGGGACAUUCUCCUGGCCUGCCCAGCACCCAGCAGCUGAGGACCUGGGGCCCACUGGCGGGAUCUGCUCAAUUUCCUAAAGAUCAGAUCACUGAACACCAAUUUUCCAGCUUUUCUGAGCUAUUGGACAUUUUUUCCAACAUUCUGCUUUUGUGUCUCUUCAGCUACUUUCAGUGUCAGAGGUCAGACUUCCCUUAAACGUGCUCUGCUCCUCUCCCAGCCCCACCUCCAAAGGCUGCCAAAAAAUAACCACCCCAAACUGUAACAUCACAGCCACUGCACAGGUGGCAAGACCGAGACACUGUAAGGGGCAAGACCCAGAGCGGGCUGGAGUGCAGCGAAGCAGCUAAAUGCUUCACAAAACCGCUCAGCGGCUGCUCUGAGAACCGUUCCUGAGGUUUGGAGUAGCAGGUGAUCCAUUCCCUCUUCCGUCCCAUAUCUGCGUAUUGCUGAAAUUAUUCACGGUGAUUUCCUUCCAUGAUGAACAAAACCGAUUCUGGAAGCCCCCUUUGUCCACCAAAGUAAAAAUUUCAAAAGCAAACGACAGCACCAGGAGUGGCUCCUCCUGGGAGCACUGCGCAUGCUCCUCAAUCCCUAACCAGCAUGAGUGUUUAUAUCAGCGUCCCAUCUGUGCACGAGGGACAUCCCUCCUUGCCCCAAGAAUGCUCCUUGCUGUUACUUUUGUCUUCCUCUUUCUCAUUAGUUUAUAAAAGGUCCAGGGAUGAAAUGCAAUAAAACUCCAAAGUCCAAAAA